CAUUUCCUUUGUUGCAUCUGCUACGGAAGAUUUCAGUGUUGUUAAAUGUUGCUCCCCACCCACAUUGGGAUUGGUAUAGUCCUGUUUUCCAAGGAAGCGCAAGGAUUUGUGGGCCAAGAUGGCGGCAUCUGUGGAGGUGCAGCAGUUUGCACCACUGAAUGGGAGGAGUAGCGUGGAUUGGGAGCAUUCCUUGACCAUCACAAUGACGGCGGAAGAAACUGUAAAUGUGAAAGAAGUAGAGAUUACCAAGUUGAUUCUAGACUUCCUCAAUGCCAAGAAGCUGCACAUCAGCAUGCUGGCCCUGGAGAAGGAGAGUGGAGUGAUAAAUGGGCUGUAUUCUGAUGAUAUGCUUUUUCUCCGGCAGCUGAUCCUUGAUGGUCAGUGGGAUGAAGUCCUGCAGUUUAUUCAACCAUUAGAGUGCAUGGAAAAGUUUGACAGAAAAAGGUUUCGGUACAUAAUCCUGAAGCAGAAGUUUUUGGAAGCCCUGUGUGUGAACAAUGCAAUGUCAGCAGAAGAGGAGCCACAGCAUAUGGAAUUUACAAUGCAAGAAGCUGUGAAAUGUCUCCAUGCUCUAGAGGAGUACUGUUCUUCUAAGGACGAUUAUAGCAAGUUGUGUCUUCUGCUUACACUGCCGAGGCUCACAAACCACGCAGAGUUCAAGGACUGGAAUCCUAGCACCGCACGUGUGCACUGCUUUGAAGAAUCCUGUGCCAUGGUAGCUGAGUUUAUCCCUGCUGAUCGAAAGCUAAGUGAGGCAGGAUUUAAGGCCAGUAAUAACCGGUUGUUUCAGCUCAUCAUGAAGGGCCUGCUGUAUGAAUGCUGUGUGGAAUUCUGCCAGAGCAAGGCCACUGGGGAGGAGAUUACAGAGAGCGAGGUCCUGGUUGGAAUAGACCUCCUUUGUGGCAAUGGAUGUGAUGAUCUGGACUUAAGUCUUCUAUCUUGGCUUCAGAACUUGCCUCCUACUGUGUUCUCUUGUGCCUUUGAACAGAAGACCCUGAAUAUUCAUGUUGACAAACUUAUGAAGCCCAGCAAAGCAGGCUAUGCCGAUCUUCUUACCCCACUCAUCAGCAAACUCUCCCCAUACCCUUCCUCACCUAUGAGACGCCCACAGUCAGCUGAUGCAUACAUGUCACGCUCACUGAACCCGGCCCUGGAUGGGCUAACAUGUGGGCUGAGUGGUCAUGAUAAGAGAUUGGCUGAGCCUGGAAGUAAAACAUCUCCCAUGUCACAUUCAUUUGCUAAUUUUCACUACCCUGGAAUGCAGAAACUCAGUCGUAGCUUAAUGUUGGAGAGCUCGGAUUGUCACAGCAUCUAUGAAGAGUCUUCUGAAAGGAGUGAAACCCCUCAGGAGAAGGAGAUUCCAGGUAGCAGUGAGACUUUGUGCCAAAACCUGAGUCCUGAGAAUGACCCCCAAGCUGCAGCUCCAUGCGAGGAGCCAAGAAAACCUGAGACAAAUGAGCUCCGGGAUUCCACAGAGCAGUUUGAAGAAUAUUACAGACAGAAACUGCGUUACCAGCAGCACCUAGAACAGAAGGAGCAGCAGAGGCAGCUCUACCAACAAAUGCUGUUUGAGGGUGGAGUCAACCAAGUAGAGGACGCAGAGCAACCCCAGAAUCUCACAGAGCAGUUUCUCAAUAGGUCUAUCCGGAAACUGGGAGAGCUGAAUGUGGGGAUGGAACCUAUUGGUGAUGAAAUUCAGGCAAAGAGCAUACCACACAAUGGUCCCAGAGACAGCAGCUCUUCUGCCAUCAAUGGCCAUUCUCCUCUCCUGACCUCUUUACAGAGAAAUCCGCUGCCUGAUGGACAGAGCAUCAAUACCAGCACGCCACAGAAACGAGGAUGCGCUACCAAUAUUCCAAUUCCAGAGGAAUCGCCAGUAUUUGGAAGUGCAGGCGAAAGUAUUCGGCAACAGUCUGAGGAUGCACUAAGUGCUGGAGCGCGAAAAAGUUCAGAGCCAGAUGGAAAGUCGAAACAGCAGUUUGUCUGCCUCAAUACUCUAGAGGACACGCAGGCAGUUCGGGCCGUAGCAUUCCAUCCCACUGGAUCACUCUAUGCUGUGGGAUCUAAUUCCAAAACUCUGAGAGUUUGUGCUUACCCUGAUGUGUUAGACACCAGUGUUGCAAACAGACUCGCGCAACCAGUGGUUCGGUUUAAGAGGAACAAGCAUCACAAGGGUUCAAUUUACUGUGUGGCAUGGAGUCCCUGUGGGCAGCUGCUUGCCACAGGUUCUAAUGACAAGUAUGUCAAAGUACUGCCUUUUAAUGCUGAGACCUGCAAUGCAACUGGUCCAGACCUGGAAUUCAGCAUGCAUGAUGGUACGAUUAGAGACUUGGCAUUUAUGGAGGGGCCGGAGAGCGGAGGUGCAAUAUUAAUCAGUGCAGGCGCUGGAGACUGUAAUAUCUACACCACAGAUUGCCAGCGUGGGCAAGGGCUUCAUGCAUUAAGUGGUCACACAGGGCAUAUACUGGCACUUUAUACAUGGAGUGGUUGGAUGAUUGCAUCAGGGUCCCAAGACAAGACCGUGCGGUUCUGGGAUCUACGGGUGCCCAGCUGUGUUCGAGUGAUCGGCACUACAUUCCAUGGAACCGGUAGUCCAGUGGCAUCAGUGGCAGUGGAUCCUAGUGGGAGGCUGCUUGCCACAGGACAGGAAGACUCAAGUUGCAUGCUGUAUGACAUUAGAGGAGGCCGAAUGGUGCAGAGUUAUCAACCACACUCUAGCGAUGUGCGCUCUGUCCGCUUCUCCCCGGGAGCUCACUACCUGCUCACUGGUUCUUAUGACAUGACGAUCAAAGUCUCUGACUUACAAGGUGAUCUCACAAAACCUCUUCCGAUCAUUGAAGCAGGUGAGCACAAAGACAAAGUGAUUCAGUGCCGAUGGCAUACUCAAGAUCUGUCUUUCCUAUCCUCUUCCGCUGACAGAACUGUAUCACUUUGGACUUACAAUGCGUAGCCAGAGACUUUCCAAAUGUCUAGCUGGCUAUCUUCAAGAGGCGGAUAUAACAUCUAUGUGGCUUCCAUGAUCAUGAUUUACGGUUGAAUCCUUGAGCUGCAGAGAGGUUGGUUACUCAACACCUGCAACCGAAAAUAAAUAAAUAGUUCCAGCAUUUUAUCCGUGGAAAUGAAAGUGGACAAAUGCAAAGGUGAAGUAUAGCUACGCAAGCCUCCGUUUAGCAGUGGAUGAGAUUCACGUUGGUGAAUCCUAGAUAUCCACUCUUCCCUCCACAGUGAGAAGUCUUUAUUUUUUUUUUUGUGCUUUAUUGUUUUAACAAAAGAAGCAAAGAGAAGGAAUUACAUGACUGUGCUGUUGUAAGGCAAUGCAGAAGACCGAGGCGUUUGUCCAAUCUCAAAGGCUUUGUAAGGUUAUAUAUUACUGCAAUUAUCUCCACAAUGUUGUCUUUUUUGUGUAUAUUUUUGUUUUAUUUCACCAUACCUUUUUGGAAGCAGAGGCAUUAGCACUGUUAACCUUUGAUGGAAGAAAAAACAACAACAGUAUUCCAUACCUUUUGGACUACUUGCAUAUACCUCGUUAUGGAAUUGUCACCCAUUUUCAUAGCUGUUGGCAAAAUAUGCCAAUGGCUGAAAUCUUGUCAUUCAUUUCUGAAAUUGGCAUAAGGAAGUCUGUUACUCAGAUUAUGAUUACAUUACUCCGUAUAGAUUGACAUAAGAGAAGCACUACUAGUCCACCGUGCACAUUUAGUGUGAGGGACAUUUAAAACCUGUGGUUCUGUCACAGGCGGCAAUAUUGGGGCAACUACUCGGUAUACUUGCUGCAAUAUCACAGCCUUUGUGGCUGUAGAACACAUUCCUUGAUGAAUAAGGUUUUUCAUUGUCAGUUUUCAGUCUCUUACAUUUCCAAAAUCAUCAAAAUAGAUAUAUGGAGAAUGUACAGAAAACAGAUCAUUCAAUCUGCCCACACACAUUGUCCAGCGCUAUCCGAUAUUUGUAAGCAUUCUUUUCUGUUAAGAUAUUUUGAUUUAUAAUUGUAGGAACUCAUUUAAUAAUACAGCAUCAUGAGAAAUAAAUAGCCUUUGUGCGUGUGCACUUAAGGAGUACACUACAGCUCACUUGAACCUCUGCUGUCCUUUUACAUUGAACAAUCUUCCAUAUGGAUCUGAUCUUUAAGGCACUUGCAGGUUAUAGCGUGUUAUAUUUUUAUGUACAUUUUCUUCUGUUACCAUAAUAAUGUUUUUAAUAUCAAACAGAAAUUAAAACAACCAUUUCUUUAUAUUGCAAGGCCUUUUCUAAAGUAAACAGUCACUUGUAUUGAACCAGAAUACAACUGUUCCACCGUUCAUAACACAUGAAUCUUAAAUGCUGGACAUCGGUAGGUAGCCCCUUUUUCCAGUCUAUAUGCUUCUCUGGCUUUCAGAAGUCAGUUUACGUAUUUGUCCUUUAGGCGAGCACAUACGAACAAAUAUACCACCAUCAUACAUAGCAAAUCAAGAUGCUUUACACUACUAUCUAGUGCUGUAUGCUGAUUUUUAUUGUAGGUGAAAUGCUGCUAGAAUUAUCCAGUGUUGAUAUUGUUUUACAGUUUUUAUACAUGCAACAAGCCAGAUCGCUCGGCAUACCCUCUGCUUGUUACGUGGCCAGUAACACAUUGCACAGGCAGUAAUGGGGUUAGUAGUGUCACUGUAGCUCGUGGUUACACUCGCAAACCACUUUGUGCCAGAGAGGUAGCGUUGUGUAAAUUACAGCAUGGCACAUUAGCAUGAAACAUUUCAUUUUGGUUCCCCUUUUUAAUGCAAGACUAACUUGGAUAUUAAGGUGUUGCACUUUUUGUGUUGUGUAAACCAUUUCUUUUGCUGUAUGGGACCAGUCCCCACUUCUAGAAAGAGAGGUUUAAAGCUGUAUCCACUAAUGUAAAUGCUAAUAUUCUUAGAUUAUUUUGUUCAUAUUGUAUAUUUUUUAUUUUUGUUAAAAUUAAAAAAAAAAACCUAAAUGAGAUUUAGGAAUGUUUUAUUUAUUUGAUAUAAAGUGGAAUUACCAUUUUUGUUCUUUUAAUAUACAACAUUUUCCGUGCACCGUAUGCAGAUAUUUUUUACCUAUUUAAUGUGGAAAUGUUACUAUGGAAAUGUAACUGUGCUGCAAUAUGAAUAAAGACAUCCAAGAUUCAUUAUUU